AUGUUUGAAACGCGUCCAUCUAUUGUUAUUUUACACAUAUUAUCUAGUACAAUAUUUCUGACAGUUGUAACUGAUGCUCGAGCAGUUUUAGCUAGUCAUGUCCGCCCAUCUGAUGUUAUACAUUUUGAAUCCAAACUCGACACGAACUUAGGUUAUUGGUCACCCAGCACUAGUACAAUUGAUUGGUGCGAACGUAAUUACGCUGUAACCCAGUAUAUUGCUGAAUUCUGGAAUUGCAUUUCAAGCUUCUCAAUGUGUAUAUUAGCUGGACUAUUACUCGUUCGAGGUUUAUACAAUAGGAUUGAAAAUCGGUUUUUAUUGUCCAGUUUGUGCUUUGGACUUGUUGGAUUCGGUUCUGCUUAUUUUCAUGGUACACUCACACAUUUAGGACAAAUGACAGAUGAACUCCCAAUGGUCUAUUCAAUGAUUAUCUGGUGGUUUAUAUUAUUUAGAAUGGAUAAAUUAGAGCACUUAAAGAGUAAAAAGACUGUAAUUAAUAUAUCACUUGUGUUUGGAAUAUUUUAUGCACUGUUAUGGACCUAUGUACACAGUUUACAAACAUUCGUACUGAUAUUUCAAGGACAUUUUACCUUGAUGGUGUUCGGAGGAAUUAUUAAACUGACCUAUUUAUAUCGACAGACACAACAUCAUACGCGUUGGAUAAAGUAUCUGAUUAUGGUAUAUGUUGGCUUAUUAGCUCCAGCUAUUAUAUGCUGGAUUAUUGAUCAACGGUUAUGUGAACGGAUGAAUACUGUAAGUGUGUUUAAUCCACAGUUGCAUGCCUGGUGGCAUUUAAUUUGUGCUAUUGACUGUCACGUCGGAAUCGUGUGUGCCGAAGCUAUGCGUCUUUUAUCAAUCAAAUAUCAACAGCAUCAAGCAAAAGAUGCUCAAUCUCCCGACCAACCGUUUAAACCGGAAGAUCAUUUGCAUAUCGUCUUUUAUUUAGGAUUACCGUUCGUAGAUUAUUCUAAAGACAAACAAAUCAAUGAAGCAAAAAACCAGUAG